CUUUCCUUUCUUUCUUUCUUUCUUAUUUGCAAAUGAAGCCAGAUACCAUUGACAUACCCACACAAAAACCAGAUGCCAUAGAUGAGCCAGUGAUUUAUGAUAAACCAAAUACCUAUGAUGACAAUGACAAUACCAACAACGAUAACAAUAACAAUCAGUCAUUGCCACAAGAAGUACUCGAUGAUCUCAUUAUUCGAUCUGAUUUUGUAGACGGUAAAAGACCUGAUAUACAAUUGGACGAUGAUGAACCACAUAAGCGACCCUCCAUCACUUCUAGCUUGCUUUCUCAUGUACCCUUACCCACUUCUAGUCUAACAGCCACCACAAGUUCGACCAGUCUGUCUCCACCUCAUGUACCCACGGCAAGUCAAAGUGCAUCGAGUAUAAGUAGUGUUGGGAGCGACAAAAGCACAGCAAGCACACGGAUGGCGCUAAUGCAGAUUUUGAAAAAGAAACCUAUGGAAGAUUUGAUAAAAUACGAUUUACGCAAAGUAUCCCUGACCCGACCUGAAGAACAAGAUGUAUAUUUUCAUGGUACCAAGGUGCGGGCUUACAGAAAGGUUCAGCCUCACUCUUAUUCAUGGGGCUUUCAAAACAUACUUUAUCGUGUGCUUGAAGACAGUGAGAAUGUCAAGGUAGCGGAAGCACGGAGAAGGGCGUUCAAAAAGGAAAUUACAAUUGAGUGGGGGGAUUUCCCGAUCUAUGCUAUAGAUGAAGAACCACCUACGCCAGAUAGCAGUAACAGCGAAGAUGGAGCGACACGAUCAAGACAACUUCAUAAUAUCACCAAAUCACACUUAUUAUUUACGUAUGAGACUGAAUUUGAAGGACAUCAGAUUAGAUGGAAGAGGGCUAGUUUGUUAUCACAUGACAUGGUCUGUGAAGUGAAGCAUGGAGAUAAAUGGCGUGUUAUUGCUGAAUUUGACAGUCAUCGCAUGGGAUACUUUAUUCAUUUGGGUGAAUUGAUUAUUGAUAGAAAUGCGCUUCAAAUAAUAGAAAAACCUCAUCAUUUCGAGGCACAUAUUAUUGUCAUCUGUUGUACCUUGAUUGAUCUCAUGCGAGAGGUGGUUGAACAAGCUGUUGGUAUAAGCAAAGGUGGAAUUGUGAAUAGUGAUAAAUAAUAAAAAAUCAUGUCAUAAAAGUACUAGAUUAUAUAGACAAGGUUGUACAUAUCUUUAUUACACACAUGCAUCGAUUUAUUUUCUAUUUUAAACCCUUUUUUUUCUUGUUUUUUUCAUUUAUUACUUUUUAAAUAUGGGCUGCUGUGCUUCAGUUGAACAGGGACAAGGUGCCAGAGUACGAAAUGAUCAAAUAGAACAACAGUUAAGAAUGGAAAAGUUGAAUGAAAAAAAUGAAGUGAAGCUAUUACUCCUUGGUGAGUACACAGAUAAAUUGAUUAGAAUUAUUUAUUUUAAUACUUUUUAAAGGUGCUGGUGAAUCAGGAAAAU